UUUAUAAUCUACAUUAACUUUGCCUGUGUCACUGUCGCGUACUUACACGUUGUCAUUUUAUGAUUAUUUUUACGCAAAUCUUAUCGGAAUUUAUAUCUUCCCAUAUUUUAUUUUAUACUUUAAUUAUAACUUGUCAAUCAUGUCGUCCCCUGAUGAGAGUUCUCAACUAAAAGCAGGCCAUCCCCCUGCAGUCAAAGCUGGUGGUAUGAGAAUUACCCAGCACAAGAUUCCACACACAAAAGAUGGCAAGGAAUUACCAAAUGAAGACUUAACCGGACUCUCAGGACCGUCUCCUGUACCGACCAAUCCAAUUUCAAUUGCUGGCGCUCCGAACAGAGGUAACGCUGAUUUCACGCCUCAGGCAGCAAAGGUUGCUCAUAGCCCUAAGCCUCCAGCGAUUAUCAAUAUUAAGCCCAACCCAAAUAUCCAACAACCCAGGAAGUAGACUGAUAUAGACGGUUGUGAAAGGCAUAUCAACAACAUUAGCUUAUGUUGGGUGUUUCAUACAUGAUUAUUUAUUAAAAUGAACUGCAUUGUCAAUAUUAAGAAUAAAAUAUUUUUUGAAGAAUUCAGAUGACAUUAAAUGAUAAUUUAUUUAAAAAAUAAAAAAUAUUAAACCUUUUUAUUCAAACCAAUGUUCAUAAUUAAUUCAUGUAACUGUAAUAGAAAGUAGUGAGAUUCCACGUUUAAAAAAGUACUGCCAUUUUUAAAAUUAAUCAACAAGUUAAAUAAACAUUUACACUUGUGUAAAUAAUACAUUUUAAAACACCUAGCCUAAAGUAUGUUUUAAGCCUAGUGAUUAGUUUGGUAUAUAAAGAAAAUUCUUUAUUUAAAAAAUAAACUUGAAAUAUAUUUAUAACUAGAAAGUCAAUAAUUUUUUAUUGUAAAUUGUAUAAUAAAGGUUAUCUUAGUAUAACAAUCUAAUAAUGGGCCUGACCUUAAAAAAUGAAAAAUGAUAUUAAAUUUUACCGGCCUUUCUUGAUUUAUUUGUAUACCUUGUUCCUUUACAAUGUAUUAUUGUGUUUGUUACGAAAAUAAAAAUAAUAUCUAUGACUUAUAUAAAUAUAUAUACAAAAUACUUCCUAUUUCAUUUUAAAACAAUAUUGUUACAGAGUAAAAGUUAUUAUUAAUAAGAAAAUGUUAUAAACAGCAAGACUUAGUGAUAAGUUCAAAGUAAAAAAUACUUAUAAGAAGUAAAAAACAUAAUGUGCUCUAUGCUAUAUUUAGUCAAAUUCUGUUAUCUUUCAAAAUGACAUUCCUCAGGCAUUUUAUUUAAAGAAAAUGUACUUACUAUUUUUGCUUUUUAAUCAAAAAAAUUAUAUAUAAAUUAAAAAAAAAGUACUAUUUUAUUAGGAUUAAAAAAUUGGGUGCUAACGUGUUUUCAUUGGUUGCAUUAUUUUAACAUUCCUAAAUAUUUUCUAGAUUUCCUGAAAUAUUUAUGUUACAUGUUUCUUUUAUAAUUUCUAAACAAUAAAUGGUCAAAAUGUUUAUCAAUUAGGACCAUGUUGACCAUUUUUAUAAUUAUUAUUCUUUUAUUUUUUUCCUAAGUUUUAAAUAAAAAUUUUCAAAAUAUU